AUGUCACCGUAAUUUUUGUAUGUGCUUUUGUACUUGUCCUUUUGUCUAUGUGCUUGUAAGCUGUUUGAUUAAAUGCCUCAGUUACCGUUGUGUUUUCUGAAGUUUACAAGUGAUAAAUGUUGCUACUUUCACUGGCUCUUCAAUGUGAGCCUUUCAAUUCGGCAUUUUCAGAAUGCCCAGUUGAUGAACUUGUUCCAUUUCUUCCAACCCUGUAGGGGUUCCUAUUGGAUCACAUUUCGCAGGGUUAAUAAUCAUAGGAACCCGCUACAUGCAGAAGCAAGAUGUGCACCUAAACACAUGGGGUCAAGCAGUUUUCUAUGGAACUGUACUAAAAAAUUUGUCACAGCUGCUGUCAUCACUGUGACUGUGUCUGAUCGUUUUGCGACAGUUGUUCCUGUUCGAGGUGGCUCUAUGUCUCCCACAUUAAAUCCUAAAACUGGUUCUCUGAUGGAAGAUGUUUUUGAUGACUAUGUUUUUGUUGAGAAAUUUUGCCUUUUGGGGUACGAAUUUUCAAAUGGCGAUGUGGUGGUCUUCCGCUCCCCAACGAAUCACAAGGAGACACACAUAAAAAGAAUAGCUGCAUUACCUGGUGAAUGGUAUGGCACUCAUCAUAACAACGAUGUGAUUCGGAUCCCAUUAGGACAUUGUUGGGUUGAGGGAGACAACUCAGCCUCUAGCAUUGAUUCAAAGUCAUUUGGACCGAUUCCUUUGGCCCUAAUUCGGGGAAGGGUUACCCAUGUUGUGUGGCCUCCUCAAAGAAUAGGAGCUGUCAAGAGUACUCCACCACAAAGAUUAUCUUCUGUAUCGGAAUAAGACUAUUUUCGUUUCUGUAUAAUUGGAUCCCACCUCUAUUGUUUAAUGUCCUCAAAUAAUAGAUGUGAAAGAACUACUCAGAAGAAUCUGACGUGGUUCCCUUGGAUGGGGAAAACGAUUGUUAUUACUGAAGUUGUGUCACGGGAAAGGGGACUUACAUAACCUGUGGUUGAUU